UCUCCUCUCCACAUAACUCCUCUCCCGUGGCAGCCCGCCACGAAAGAAUUACGUCCACCACAAAUGGAUUUUUCGGCUUUUGACUCGCUCGACCGCUCAUAAAAGCAAUGGGACUCUGUCUGUGAAUGCACCUUGUAGUUACAACUCCGGUGCAGUAGAUGGCGGUAGCCUACUAUGCAUUGUAACUCCGCCAAUAGCACUUAAUUCACCUGGUGGGCCAGAAGAAGAAGAAGAAGAGGACGACGACGGAGUAAAAGAACGGACCUACCGGAUCAAAAUACGAGGGUAAUAUAGGUUAUAGGUAGAUAGGUUAUAGCUGCAUCGCUCGCGGCUCGUCAUAUAUUUAACGUUAAUCCGCGAUUUCACCGAGCGUUUCACUGACGGUGAGCAGCCUGACGCUGCUUCAUUAACACCGCCGCUGUUUGAUUUGGUGCCCGGGGCAGACGCACGUAGUAACAGUCACGUGUUAUCAUACCGAAGAGCUAACGUGUCCAGGUUAUAACCCUGUUGUCAAUAAACACACGUGGAGACGGUGCUUUAGAUACUGCAUUAAUACUCAAGCUAAAAUGUCCACUGCAGCAUGUGAAUGCAAUGAAAAGAAUAAAAUCUGAGCCAACCAGCUGUUAAAAUGUUGUCCAGGUUAAUGUUUUGGCAUUAAAGGCCCUUCAUUUCAAGAUUUCAACUGUGAUCGGGCUUUAAACAGGUGGCUGACCUGUUCAGAUGGGUGUAACUGCUACUGGUCAAAUAAUGUGGAAUAGCAUUUAAUUUUACAUGUAUGCAAUGCCAUUUAAAUGUAAUUAUAGAUAAUAAUAAUAAUAAUAAUAAUAAAAAAUACUGUGUAGUGUUGUAAAUAGUCAACGGGAAGGAUUUUAGUAAGAUAUAAGCCAUGAGCACUACACAGCCAGAAAAAAACUUAGGCAGGACAAGUAAAAAUAUUGGGGCAAGUAGAUUUGAGAAGUCGGGCAAGUAGAAAAAACCUUAACCUUGAACCCUGCAUGUGUUGAGCUGCUGCCGCUUAAGGUUAGACGGCACUGUACAUAGAACGGUUCUGCUCGUUAGUAAUAAAUUCUAAUGUUGGAUGUUCACUCCUUCACACAGAUGAGUAUAGAAAAAUAUUUUUAACGGCCGAAAAGGGCUCGACUUGGAGAGGAGGUAGGCCUACAGUCCGGACCACAGGAGGUAUUAUCAAAACGGUGUAGACACUUAGAAAUCUGAUAAGGAAAGUGAACAGACGUCCAUCAGUGUGAAAAUUAAUUUGCUUCCAAUACUUCCAGGCUUCAACUAGUGCCGCAGCUGCGGCAGUAAGAGAGAGUGAGGAGGAAGGGAUAGUAAGUACGCAGGGAGAUGUUGUAGGAGAGGAGGAAGACAGGCAGCAUGUAGAGCCAGCUAGGGCGGAGGCAACAGGUGAGACUCGGCAAACACUGAAAAAUAAAGCGGUCAGAUCAGAAAUGCACUUUUCUCAUGAAAAGGGUCCUAAUUUAUAUUCUUAUGUGCCUUAUAGAGAGGACCACGACAAAAAUAGAGCGACUAGCUCCAGUGCGACCUGUUCAGCAGCAGCAGCAGGAGGAGGAGGAGGAGGAGGUUGACUGACUGUGGCAGGACACCUCUGCCUCUGUUUCACUUUAUGUUGCUGGUAAAUAAUAUGGUUGUAGCAGUAGGCUAAAGUUAAAUUAUUUAGUAUGCACUAAUUAAAGGGGCAGAGCUUUAAGAGACAUUUUAGCUUUUAUAUUUUAUAAGAUAUAUUUUUUGUAAGAACCACAAUUAAUAAAUAUAUUUCAGUGAAUAACUAAUUGUUCAAAUCUGUAUAUAAAUAUGUACAUAAAGUGUUGUAAUUAUAUUCCAACUCCGCGUUCUUCUUGGUCAUCGCCGCUGCCGCCGCCACCCCCCGCCACCCGACCACACCACCACAAAUAGAUGCCUGUCCUGUGGGAAACACUGCAGAUAGUUAGAAAAGAUCGAUGAUUCAUUGAGCAAUGUCAUUGAGGUUGCUGAGCAUUGGUUGUCUCACCAAAAAGGGAUCAAGUGAGACAAUGUGGUCACUCUUCUUACAUUCACUUUCCUCUUUUUGCCAUCACGUUACCUUUCACGUCUUCCUCUUUAACUGUUUCCAUGCAGCAUUGUCCGUGUUAAAGUUUGUCCGUGUCAUUCAUUGGAGUAACACGAUGGAGUGGCUGCUUUUUAUGACAGUUUUCACGACUGUAUCAAAAGCUGCAUUUAGUUUCAAUGUUGACCCUGUGGCUUGGAAGUCCUUGAGCAACCCUGCAGAAGGUUUUGGAUACCAGAUUGUGCAAAGACAAUUGGAGUUGCUGGUCAGUGCGCCCCUCGCUCAGUACUCACAGAACAGCAGGGGCCAAAUAUUCAAAUGCUCCACCAGUUCCUGCAGUGUGCUGGAAAUUUCAGCGCCAAAUUUUGCGGUCAACAUGUCUCUGGGUUUGACCAUGACGAUUGAUGCCGCCAGCCAAAACACGAUGGUUUGUGGUCCGACCAUCCCGAAAGACUGCGGAAGCAUCACCAUGUACAACGGUGUGUGCUUGGAAAUAGACCAAUGGAAUCGAGUUGGAUCUCCUGUGCCUUCUUCUCUUACAGAGUGUCGAAGCCAAGCAGACAUCGCAUUUCUGCUAGACGGCUCGGGCAGCGUAAAUCCAGUAGAUUUUAAUAGAAUGAAGACUUUUGUCAAAGAUCUCAUUAGCACCUUUGUGGGCAAAGACUCCAGGUUUGCCAUUGCCGAAUACUCCUCAUAUCCAUCCAUCCAUUACUUUUUCGAUAACUUCAAUGUUAAUAACUGGCAAAAUGACAUUGAUGCAAUAGACCAGAAAGAGGGAACGACAUACACAGCAAAAGCCAUCCAAAGCGUUGUGGAUGACAUCUUCACGCGAAGCCGAGGCUCUAGAGCUAACGUGAAGAAGAUUUUAAUAGUGAUCACUGACGGACAAUCCACCGACAGCAUUGAAUUGUCAUCUGCAGCCGCUGCAGCCCAAACAAAAAAUAUAGUUCGAUUUUCUAUUGGGGUUGGGAAUGCAUUCAAUAGUGCCACAGCGACAACAGAGUUAAAAACCAUCGCAUCUUCUCCCUCAGAAAAGUUUGUGUUUAAAGUGGGGAGCUUUGUCGCGCUUAAACAAAUCAAGCGCACAUUGGAGGACACCAUUUUCGCUAUUGAAGGAUCUCAGUCAAGUGGAGAGACGCUGAAAAUGGAGAUGGCUCAGCAGGGAUUCAGUGCAGCUUAUGUGCCUGGAGGCAAACAGUUAUCGGCUGUCGGGGCAAACCAAUGGAGAGGAGGCUUUCUGACGUACACAAGCAGGAGUACAAGUUCCAAUUUGCCUACGGACAUUGAACCUGACAGCUAUUUGGGUUAUUCCAUGGCGAUUGCCAAAACGCCGUAUGCAACAUUGACGGUUGUUGGCGCUCCGAGGUAUCAGCACAGAGGAGUUGUGAUGGUGAUUUCCCAAAAUCAUAAUGACCGAAUAGAUCCCUUUCAAUGGCAGUAUCAGAUCGGUGAAUAUUUUGGGGCGGUGGUGUGUGCCAUGGAUGUGAAUCGGGAUGCCAACACAGAUGUCAUCCUCAUCUCUUCCCCCAUGUUUGUGGAAGAUGAUAGAGAGGGGAGGGUUUAUGUUUGCAUCAUAAACACUUUGAAAGUUCAGUGCAAUUUCGGCUCUCCGGUCGUACUAAGAGGAGUCAGAUCUCGCAAAGGACGAUUCGGAGCGUCCCUUGCCGUUCUUCCCGACCUAAACAGUGAUGGACUAAAUGAUUUGGCGGUCGGGGCGCCACUGGAGGACGAUGGUCAAGGAAGCAUUUAUAUAUUUCACGGCAAAGGAACCGGAAAGAUCUCUCCUACUUUCUCACAGAGAAUCGCAGGAUCCAAAGCCAUGGCAGGACUCAGGUUUUUCGGCAUGUCCAUUAGCCAGUCGUCUUCAGACCUCAGCAAAGACAACUUGCCUGACCUGGCGGUGGGUUCGAAAGGAACAGUCGUCUUACUCAGAACCAAACCCAUAGUCAUGGUUGAAGCAGCGUUGACCAACAUACCCAAACAAAUCGUCAUUCAAAACCUUGACUGCGCCAACCCCCUGGAGAACACAGCAGACAUCUGCUUUGUGAUAAGCCGACACUCGUCCAUCCAAACAGCGAGAGCGAGGGUUAAUUAUACCCUUACGCUGGACGCCACCCGCAAGGUGCCCAACAACCGAGCAUCUAUCAACAACAAAAAUGGGCAUCGGGAAACCACUGGGAGUGUUAUUCUUGAUCUUGGUCUAGCACAGCCAAUUUGUGUCAAGAUCAAAUUCUUCAUUGAGCCCUGCCCUGAAGAUGCUUUGAAUCCCCUUUACAACGAGCUCAGUUUUACAUUUGAAGGUUUGCCUGAUGCCAACACGCUGCUGAGGCCAAUUCUGGCACAGCAGGCCCAGAUGACCACCCUCCAUCCGUUGGCCUUUGAGAUCGACUGCGGCACAGACAACAAAUGCGUAGACAACCUCCAGUUGGAUUUCAACUUUACCAGCUCCUCGGAGGUCAAAGUGGGCAUAGACGAGCUCCUAAAUGUCACCGUGUCCGUGGUAAACCUGGCGGAAAAGUCCUACAACACCCUGGUUGUUCUCACGUACCCAGUUGGGGUCUCCUACAGGAAGUUCACAAGCCUGCAGGGGCGAAUUGAGUGCAACUCCUUGGACAGUGAAGCUGGCUUAUCUCGGGGAAAGACAGACUGCACCAUUAACAAGCCCAUUUUUGGGAGGAACUCAAAGGCUGUCUUUGUUGUCUCGUACGGCAUCGAAACCAACAGCCAGCUGGACAACAGUAUUAUCGUCACCGCAAAUGCAACGAGUGGGAAUGAGCAGCACUCUCCUUCAAGCCGACUCUACAAAAUUCAAGAAAUCAGCGUGAAAUACAGCAUUUUUAUAACCAUGGAAAGUUCUCUCAGCUAUGUCAAUUUCACCUACGGAAAGAAUGAGCUGCAGAAAUCAGUGCAACAAUCCUUUCAAGUUACAAACAACAUCCGAGCCCUGAACUUCACCGUGGUGAUCAGGGUCCCUGUCAAACUCGCCGAUAAGGAUCUCUGGGCAGAUUUGAACACUUUGCAGAUUACAGACUGCCAAACGCACAACGAUGAAGGAGCGAACAUUGUGGAUUUUGUUGGUCAGAUACAGAAAAAUAAGAUAAUUGACUGCUCAGUGGCCACAUGCAGGGUGUUUAAGUGCAACAGCUUCAUGGGAAAGCUCGAAGGCAAACGGUACACACUAUCUGCCAACAUGAGUUCACAGUGGAUCCAACAGAUUGGAUUGAGUGAGGCCAAGUACAUGUUGACCAGCACGGCUAGUCUGGAGUACGACAGGAACCAGUACAUCUUCUAUUCCACGUCGUCUAGUAGCAACCCCCCGGUUCGCAAGAUUGAAACAGUGGUAGAAGUUUAUCCUCUACCGGACUUUACCAAAGAGAUAGUCGGAGGUUUCCUAGGAGGCUUGGCUUUACUAGCUUUACUCACAGCUAUCCUUUACAAGGUUGGGUUUUUUAAGUGUAAAUACCAGCAGAUGAUGACUGAAGCUGACAAGGCAGAAACAGACGGGCUUGAGGAAAGCACGCCCACACAGGAGUAAUAAUUUCACUUUCAAUAUAGUGGCCAUUCAUUACUCUUAUUGGUAAUUAUUGGCAAUUAGAUAUAUUGUUAAAUAUAUUUGUAAAAUGCAACAUAUAAUUAUGACAAUAUGUAAAAACAAUAUAUUUUUAUUAAAUCACCAAUUGUAUUGUACAAUAAUUAUAAUUAACAUCUGUUCUAGUACUCUGUGAUUUAUUAUUUCCUCACACACAUUUCAACCAAGCUGUAUCUAUUUUCUUAUAUUUUGUCAAUCAAUAAAUCAAUCAAUCAAUCAAUCAAUCAAAGUUUAUUUAUAUAUCCCUUAAUCACAAGUGUCUCAAAGGGCUGCACAAGCCACAACGACAUCCUUGGCUCAGAUCCCAAAUCAGGGCAAGAAAAAACUCAACCCAAUGGGAUACAAUGAGAAACCUUGAAGAAGACCGUAGAUGUUCAUUAUAAGAAGGGAAUAUUUAAAUACAUUCUAAGCUGAUCUUUAUUAAGUAUGAAUAUUGGCCAAGCAGAGAAGCCCAGACUUCCCUCUCCCCAGCUACUUUGUCCAGAUCUUCCCGAGGGAUCCCGAGACGUUCCUCGGCCAGGUGGGAGGCAUAGUCUCUCCACCGUGUCCUCGGUCUUUCCCGUGGUCUCCUACCGGACGUGCCCUAAACACCUCCCCAGCUAGGCAUUCGAGGGGCAUCCUGACCAGAUGCCCGAACCACCUCAUCUGGUUUCUCUAGAUGUGGAGGAGCAGCAGCUUUACUCUCAGCUCCUCCCGGAUGACAGAGUCUCUCACCUUAUCUCUAAGGGAGAGCCUCUCCACCUGACAGAGGAAACUCAUUUCGGCCCCUUGUACCUGUGAUCUUGUCCUUUCGGUCAUAACCCAAAACUCAUGAACAUAAGUUAGGGUGAAUUGAGAGCUUUGCCUUCCGGCUCAGCUCUUUCUUCACCACAACGGAUCGAUGUAUCACUGCAGACGCUGCACCUGUCGAUCUCACAAUCCACUAUUCCCGCAGUCCUGAACAAGACGUCGAGGUACUUGAACUCCUCCACUUCACCCUUUUCCGAGGCGAGAACCAUGGAUUCAGACUUUGAAGUGCUGAUUUAAGGUAGUACUAAAGUGAAGUAAAUCGCAACAGCAUGACAUGUCAUAAGCAGUCCCAAAAAUGGUCUAAAUUGUAACAGGUGCCACCCUUGAGCUCUGUGCUCUUUUGUAUCCUGCUUUUGUGUUCUUGACGUUUCCCUUUUGUUUCCAUGUGUUGUUUGCCUUUUGGUUCGGGCCACUUUGGGAAUGCACGAUAAGGUAUGGCAUUUUAGUAACUUCUCCGGUGUAUUUUUUUGUGAUCUUCUGAAAAUGCCUCCAGGAAGCCUUUUGACCAUUGCAAUGUUUGCACCAGAGACCAGCUGUUGGCUCUCUGCCGGACCAGAGUCCAUGUGGAGUGAUCGGAGAAGAUGCAGAGGACAAGCUUCACCUUUGCUGAAUGAGCAUGUAUCGGACGAUUCCGCCUCUCUGGACGGAUUGUCGCUUAUUGGCGUGGACUGGACAUUGGCCGAACGCUUGCGGGCAGCCUAGGACAGAGUUGGCUCUCUUGGUUGUCUAGUUGGGUCUGUUCCUGUCUAUGGCCGUUCUGCCCCCACCCACCUCAGCAGGUGGUGGCAUGGAGCACCGCAGAGGCCGCCACGGUCUAUAUGGGUGUUUAAAUGUUUUUGUUUUGUUUUGUUGUUUGUCUAUGCAUGGUGCAGUCGUAUGUGCGAAAUAUGUAUUAUUUAUCACUCAUUUUGUAGUUUGUGUUUUACUUUUGUUGCUCAAUGUAGAAAUGGCACAGCUGAAGUGCUCUUUUUUAAUGUCUUGUAUGUCCAUUUGUGUUCUUUGAUGUUUCUCUCUUGUGUUCAACAACUUAUGUUUUGUUGACUUUUUGUAUCUGCACUGCAACCACAAAGUUUACCCAUUGUGGGAUAAAUAAACUAUCACAUCCUCCCUGGAAAAAAUGCCCCUCUUAAAAAAAAAGUAAAAAGUAAUUAUGAAAGUUAUUUUAGCUUGUAAUGAGAAAAAAAAAAUCUGCCAAUACAACAAGUCAAAAUUGUCUUGGUAAGAUUUUUUGACGUAAAACAUUAUAUUUAAGCUCUAAAACCUACAUGUGAUCUUGAAAAGAGCAAUUAAAAUGUAUUAUUAGCUAUACUUACUGGUAUUGUGAAGUUGUAUGUCUUACAACAAACGUGAUGCUCAAAAGAGGUAUUUUUUCCCCCUCUCAAACGAUCUAUUGCCAAAAAAACAAAUUGGCGUAACAAAAACAACUGAAAAGCACUGUGGUAACAUAGUGACUUGUCCUUGUCAAACAGAAGAACAAAUAGUCAAUGAGAAAUACAAAACAAAGUGAGCAGAGCUAAUUUUUCCAUUUCCAUUUAUAUUUCAUUAAAAUACAAAUCAAAUAUUUUGUUGAUUUGAAUUCGUUUUUGGAGCUGUCAUUACACAUUUAUCAGUAUUCACAUUGGUCAGUAGGGGGCAGUAGGGUGUUUCUUCCCAAUUGAAUGCUAUCACCUGCAGACCGGAAGUGUCUUGUCAUUCUGAUGAGCGCGACCAGUUUGUGAACAAUUGAAACGUCCUGUGUGCUUUUCCCUCCUGUAUAACAGGUUAGUUUUGGUGAAUCAACUCUCUGAAUAAUAUCCAUGUGAUCUUUAUAAGUUUAAGUACACAUUCUGAUGGUGGAGCCUAACUCUAAAGUGUUUGUGAGUUGUAGUUUGUAUUUGUGAAUGAAUCCAGUGCACAGCUGCAGUAAUCAAUACAAAAAGGCGACGUGAGUGCGCAAUGUUUAUGUAGGAACUUCUGAUCCUAAUCCAGACUCCCAAAUUAGAGCUCGAGUUUUCUUAUUGAUUUUAUAAUGUAUAUUUGUAUAAUGUGUGUGUUCUGAAAUAGUGACAGAGAAUAGAACAAGGAUGGACAAUUCAACCCUUAACUCAACAAUGAGUAGAUGAGUGUUAUGUCUGUGUAUAUGUGUA